AACAACUUAAGUAGUAUUUUCAUYGAAGUACUUUACACCACUACAAGCUGGAAGCAUUAUGAAGCUCAACCCGGAAGUGACGUUUUCCGGAAAAGGGUUUCCACUAGAUAGCACAGCCACAAAGUCAAAAUUGACCAAAUCGUAAAAAUUAAUGAAAACAACAUUUAGCUUUUUUGUCUUCAUUUAAGUUUUGCGGUGUGAUUAGGUACAAAAACAGAUUUGAAGAAUAUACAUUUUAGGAAGAAAUGGUGUUUCUGACUAUGUGGCUGCUGUGGUAUCUAGUGACGACCAGGGCAAAGGGAAUUGUUGAGACGUUUUUGCAACGGAGAACCGAUUCGUAUUUACACAAGUUCAGCUAGUUCGGACUCCCUUUUAAAAAGUUAUCUCGUUUCGUGUUUUACCGAACACACACAAGGGAUUGAUCAGUUCUUAUACAGAACGAAUACAUAUAAAUGUAACUGUUGUUCUGUYWAAUAGCCUACUGUACUAUUUAUGGUGAGUCGACAGCGGUAUGGAGUUUCCCGAGGAGGUCCUCGCCCACAUAUUCUCCUACCUGUCGGUAAAGGAACGGGAUAGCGCGUCAGCAGUAUGUAGGAGGUGGUCGCAGUCCAUGAGCCACCCGCGAGUGUGGCGGUACACUGAAAUAAGGUGUGAGACCGGGGAACAGGAGGACCCUGCUCUGCAGCAUUUCUCCUCUCUCCUGCCAUUGGUCCGUCACCUGAAGAUCACCGUCAGUUCGCUGAGCGAUCCAGCCAAUCGCAGCGCUGCCCUGUCCGUCCUCCGCCUGGCCACCAGCGGUCCCCUGCGGACCCUGACCCUGUCCUGCUCUGGAGGAGUCCCUCUCUUCUACUCAGGUAAACAACAACAAAUCAAAUCAGCUCUGAACAAAAAUCGAAUGAGAAAUAAAUCUGAUGUGAUUGGUCAAAAGACCAAAAGAACUGGGCAGGCUCACGACCUGGAGGAAGGGCUGGAGGCUGCUCUUACUGCAGCGCCGGAACACGUGGAGGAGCCUUCCUCUCCCACUGACCGAGGUGCCCUUCACCCUCAAGCCAAUCCCUGGUGUGAGACCGGGGAACAGGAGGACCCUGCUCUGCAGCAUUUCUCCUCUCUCCUGCCAUUGGUCCGUCACCUGAAGAUCACCGUCAGUUCGCUGAGCGAUCCAGCCAAUCGCAGCGCUGCCCUGUCCGUCCUCCGCCUGGCCACCAGCGGUCCCCUGCGGACCCUGACCCUGUCCUGCUCUGGAGGAGUCCCUCUCUUCUACUCAGGUCACGACCUGGAGGAAGGGCUGGAGGCUGCUCUUACUGCAGCGCCGGAACACGUGGGAGGAGCCUUCCUCUCCCACUUGGACCUGAGGGGUGUGCCCUUCACCCUCAGCCAAUCCCUGGUGAGGGCCUUGGCCCGGCAGAGCCCCAACCUGAGGAGUCUAUUGGUCAACAAUCAGACACUGGUGUGUAAGGUGGAGCCAGAGGCUGUGGUGGAGGUACUGGGACUGUGUCCACUUCUCAACACACUAGGGCUGUUCUAUACCAG